AUGACCCAUGUCCGGACCAGCGUUUGCCACCAGGACAACUGGAAAGAGGAUCCAUGGGCUGGGUGGAACAAUCAGAGCGGACAGAAUGGGAACGAUUGGUCCAAGAGCGCUCAGGACAACUGGAAAGAGGAUCCGUGGGCCGGGAACGAACAGAGCGGGCAGAAUGGGAACGAUUGGUCCAACAGCGCUCAGGCCUGGGGGCAAGACAAGUGGAAUGCUGUUGAACGGUGGGGCGACAAAUUGAAAGAGGUGGACUGGCAGGAACGGCCGCAAGUCAACAUCCGGAAGAAUUUCUACGAGGAGUGUGCGAAUGAAGCAGCGUUGAGCCGUACUCCAGAGGAGGUCGAAAGGAUUCGGCAGUCCCAUUUCAUCGAGAUUUUCGAUGGUUGUAGUGACGAGCACCCAGUGCCAAACGUCAUUAACAGCUUUGACGAGGCGUGUUUCUCCCCCAAAAUGAUGGCCUCGCUUCGCGAGCGCUUUGAGGAGCCUACUCCUAUUCAGAAACAAAUCUGGCCGUUGGCAAUGCAGGGACGCGACGUUGUGGGCAUUGCGGAAACAGGAUCUGGCAAGACAGUGGCCUACCUUCUGCCAAUGAUCUGCCACAUUGUCUAUCAGGAGGAGCUCCAACCUGGUGACGGUCCAGUAGCUUUGAUCUUGAUUCCAACUCGUGAGUUGGCCAAGCAGAUCCAAGAGCAAUGUGAGCUCUUCGGGUCGCUCAACGGCUUGAAGAGUUGUACUGUGGUCGGAGGAACUCCUUCGAGCGAACAGAAGGAACAUCUCCAGGGCAAGAAUGACAUCGUGGUGGCGACGCCCGGGCGUUUCAUGACUGCCUUGGGCGAAGAAUGGGUCAUGCUCAAUCGAGCAACGUACGUGGUUUUGGAUGAAGCUGACGAGAUGCUGAAGAAGGAAUUCUACGAGCAGAUCAAGCUGAUCCUGUCGCAGGUGCGAAAGGAGAGACAAGUUCUCAUGUUCUCCGCUACGUGGCCAGAGGAGGUGCGCAUCCUUGCCCAAGAGAUUUGCACAGACAGUGACGGAAUGCCGCCAGUGUUUGUCCGAAUCGGGGGUGACAAGUUGGCCGCCUGUAAAGAUAUUGAGCAGCAUACCGUUCUGGUGGAUGGCGAUGAGGACAAGUACGACAAAUUGAAAGAGCGUUUGCAAUCGCCUGACACCUUCAAGGAUGGUGGCAAGGCCAUUAUCUUCUGCAGGACCCGCGGUGCAGUCAUGCGGUUGCACGAACAGCUAGAGAAGGAGGAGUUCAUGUGGAAAGACGGCGAGUCCUUGGUCGCUAUGCUGCACGGCGAGAUGCGCCAGAGCGAUCGCGACUGGGCGAUGCUGCAAUUCCGCCAGGGUGAUUUGCCGUGUGUGAUCUCCACAGGAGUCUUAGCUCGAGGACACGAUAUUCCAAAGGUGCGCUUUGUGUUCAACUAUGACGUCCCUCGUGAAGCUGAAGACUACAUCCAUCGGGUGGGACGUACAGGGCGAGCUGGAGCCAAGGGCUAUUCCAUGAUCUUCGUUGACAAAUCGAACAGCAAGGAGCUGCAGGCUGCACAUGCCUUUUUGAUGGGCGUGCUUCAAGCCACAGAUCAAACCGUCGAAGAGGAUUUCAAGGAGGCGGUUGAAAACUACGAACAAUCGCAAAAUCAGACCUUUUAUGGAGAUGGAGCCGGCUGGGAUGGUUGGGAUGUGGAGGACACGAAGCAUGAGGCCAGGCUGCUGUACAAGCGUUCGAAGAGGCUGGGUGGCAACAAGAGGCGCCUGGCGAAGUGGCAGCUGGAGGGGACGCUGCGCAUGCUGCGCAGGCCCAAUAUGAGCAAUGGCCCGAGGGCACCCAGUGGCAGGUUGUGGCCUGUGAUUUUGAUUGAGUUCUGGAGUUUGGGCUGUGUUCUUUGCAAAGUGAACUCCAAACGUUAUUCUUUAGGGCAGCAGAAGGGGCAGGAAGAGGCUGGGUGGCAACAAGAGGCGCCUGGCGAAGUGGACCGGGCAGCUGGAGGGGACGCUGCGCAUGCUGCGCAGGAGAAAUGGCCAGAGAGCACCCAGUGGCAGGUUGGGCGAGUGACCAGUCGGGUUUCAGGAGCAAACAGCAGGACGAAAUGCUUUACCUUGAACUUAGCACCUGAAGGGGACGCUGCCCAGCAGAAGGGCGUAACCACAGAAGAUGCGCACGCCGCAGCUGAGGCAGCUGAAGGGGACGCUGCCCAGCAGAAGGGCGUAACCACAGAAGAUGCGCACGCCGCAGCUGAGGCAGCUGAAGGGGACGCUGCCCAGCAGAAGGGCGUAACCACAGAAGAUGCGCACGCCGCAGCUGAGGCAGCUGAAGGGGACGCUGCCCAGCAGAAGGGCGAAACCACAGAAGAUGCGCACGCUGCAGCUGAGGAGCACUGGCCAGAGGGCACGCAGGGUCGUGAGUGGCAGGGCGGAACCACAGAAGGUGGGCACGAUGCAGCUGAGGAGCAACAGCAAUGGCAAGGCUCUGCGUGGCAGGCGACUGUAGCUGACGCUACGCAAGAGAAGGAGCAUUGGCAAGGGUAUUAUGCACCGUGGCAGGGCGGAACCACAGAAGGUGCCUACACCUCAGCCGAGGAGCCCUGGCAGAGUCAUACCCAGUGGCAGCAGGCACAUCAGUGGAACCAGUGGCAACAGGAACAAACGUUCACUCCCGCCGUUGACGUUGGCGACCCCAGACUCGUGGAGAUCGUUUCCCCGCCCUUCACCUUGGGGGAAGAUGAUGCUGUGAAACAGCAGAAUGCCACUGUGGGGCAGGAAGGGGACGAGGGGACAUGGUGGGAAGAGGCUGGAGAGCGACCGAGCGAAGGGAUUGAACACGAGAACAUUCCCGAGACUUGUCCGGUCAUUUCAAUCGACAAGGAUCCGUCCGCACAACAGAAGGACGCUGAUCCGUCCCUGGAGCAGAAGGAGACAUCUGAUGAGAAGGUCACUGAGGAGGAACCUUUCAAAUACAAGGCCAAUAGGCCAAUAAGCGAUAAUGCGUCGAGCGAAGGGAUUGAAUACGAGAACAUUCCCGAGACUUGUCCGGUCAUUUCAAUCGACAAGGAUCCGUCCGCACAACAGAAGGACGCUGAUCCGUCCCUGGAGCAGAAGGACGAUCUUCCUGGAGAGUACGAGACAUCUGAUGAGAAGGUCACUGAGGAGGGGCCUGAUCUCUGUUUUCACGUGUUCUUUGUUGUUCUCUUGGCUUUACCCUAG